AUGCCUACUUCUUUCCACAGCAAAGUUGCACAGCACAUCGUCGAGCUCGAACUCGAGAAACUCAGGAAGCGGAACCCGUCCUUGGGAUACCAUCAGGACAAGGACAAGGUAUCCUGGGAGAUGUUGAUUGAUCGCGGUGCCCACCCCCGCAAGCGCGUGCCCGUGCCGGACUCGGAGAGCCUAGCACAAGUCUCACAAGCCGCUCAUGGGGUAGACCCUCUCUUCCCCGACGAACUGCCCUCCAGCCUCCCCCGCUCACCCGUAACAACACCGGAGACUGGCUUGCCAGGGCAUAAAUCGCCCGCCGACUUGCCGCGGCUGCCAGAAGUGGGUAUCACAGAGCCCGUCGCGAUCAUCGGCGCCGGCGUUGCCGGUCUGCGCAUCGCGAUGAUGCUCAAGCACCUCGGCAUCCCAUAUCGCGUGAUGGAGGCGAGCGAGCGCUACGGCGGGCGCGUAUUCACGUACCACUUCAAGAAACAGGAUGGCGAGGCGGAGAGCACGCAGAACUACUUUGAUGUAGGUGCGAUGCGCUUCCCCGAUAAUGCUGUCAAUGCCCGGACGUUUGAGCUCUUUGAGGAACUGGAUAUCAAGGCUGGGGGAGGAACGGGGGGAAAGCUGGUGCCGUACCAUUUGGGCACGGAUGAUAAUAUUAUGUUGUUCAAUGGUAGGAGAGGUCCUGCUGCAUUUUUUGAAUGGGUGUUUAAUAUUCUCCUAUUUCUAGAUAUCAAGAAGACAGUAGGAGAAAUGUCUAAAAACCCCUUGGAGGAUCACUUCCAUGACGGCGUACGCAAUGGCGGUACUGUUCCCGACGAUUAUAUCAACAGAACAUACGUUAAACCCAACGGGGACAAACUCUACGGCAUUGACGCGCUGCUUGGGGCUGCUUGGGAACCGUACAAAUUCCUGCUUGCGAAAGAUUACAAGCUGGGAUGGGAGAUCCUCAUGCAACACGAUUCGCGCUCCAGUAGAGCACACCUUCUGGACAUUAUGCGAUACCCACCCGAGGUUGUCCAGUGGAUGGAGACAAGGGACAGUGGAACAAAUGCAUACGAUGAUGCCUUCACAGAGAGCAUUAUUGAUUCGUUGGAGUUCGAUUAUCCAACGGGGUAUGACGGACAAGGCGAACCCGGCGAGGUCAACUGGUGGUGCAUCGAAGGUGGCACUGAGGUCCUCACCAAGGCGAUGUAUAAAUCGCUUGGUAUCCAGCCUUUUGUCCAGACAUCACAGCGAGUAACGGCCGUGUACAAGAAUAAGCCCACCACACCCGACGAGAAGACGACGAUGGGAGUAAUCAUCCAGGGCCUGGCGGAGCUCGUGCCAACAAAGUAUUCUCAUGUAGUAUCGACAAUCCCACUGUCGUGCCUCCGCGGUGUCGACCUUAGCCGCUGCGAGUUAGAUUACGCCCAGAAGACAGCUCUGCGCUCUCUAAAGUAUGGAACGGGUGUCAAAGUUGGCAUCAAGUUCAAAACGCGCUGGUGGCAAGGCCAAAAUUUCAAAAAACAGGGCGGGUCUAGCAAAACCGAUAGACAAAGUCGUGUAGUGGUCUACCCUAGCUAUGGCGUUGAUGGCCCCGCAGACACUCCUGGCGUGUUAAUUGCAACUUAUACCUGGAAUCAAGACGCUUUCCGCUUCGGUUCACUCAUUGACCCGAAGGACUGGGGCAACAGCGAUGACCUCCACUCCGCCUCCCUUGACCCAAACCGCCAACCGAGUCCUUCUGAAGCGAUUUUGCUCCAACAUAUUUACGAAGACCUGGCUGAGAUCCACGGCGAAACCGCCGGGUGGUACCGAGAGCAAACACUUGACUAUUACGCCUACGAUUGGUACCACAACCAAUACAGCAUGGGAGGCUACGCGUUCUUUAAUGCCGGACAAUUCAGCGACCUCUACCUCCAUAUCACCAAACCCGCUUCUGAUGGCUACCUCCACUUUGGUGGGGAGGCGGCAAGCAGCCACCAUGCCUGGGUGGCGGGUGCGCUCGACUCUGCUUGGAGGUGCGUGUGGGAGAUCCUCGCCAAAGAUGGAACCCCGGAGCAGAAGAAGAAGUUCAGAAAGAAGUAUGGUGCGAGCAAGGAGUUUGAUAAUAUUGAAACUGCCGCACUGCAGUAUUACAGAGGCAUCUAUGCAAACUCUUUGGAGAAAGCUGACGGAAAUCAUGGUCUUUUCCACUUCCCUGGAGAGUAA